AUGUCUGAUCUCGAGCCGAAAGUGUAUGAUCUUAUUGUUUUUGGUGCUACCGGGUACACUGGAAGGCUUUGCGCGGAGUACAUCUCUACAAGCCUACCAACGAAUUUGAAAUGGGCCGUUGCUGGUCGAUCUGAAAAGAAAAUGGUGGCUAUGAUGGACGACUUGGGGGCAAUAAACACUGAUCGCCUUCAGCCGGGCAUUGAGAUUGCUUCUCUUGACCCCGGGGAUCUGAACACUCUUGCGAGGAAGACUCGGCUGUUGAUAAACACCGUUGGACCAUACCAUCUCUAUAGCUCACCUGUUGUCGAAGCUUGUGCUAAGAAUGGCACACACUACCUCGAUGUUACUGGAGAGUCACCUUGGGUUCUAGAGAUGAUCGUGAAGUAUCACGAGAUAGCAAAAGCCAACCACGCAAUCAUAAUUCCAGAGAUCGGGGUUGAGUCUGCGCCAUCAGAUCUUCUGGCCUUCGCAUUGGUUACUCUGAUCAGAACAGAGUUGUCGUUAGGUACAAAAGAAGUCAUUGCAAGCGUACACGACUUGAAGGGUACUCCUUCCGGUGGUACGCUGGCCACAAUUCUUUCUAUGAUGGACCACUAUAGUCUCAAACAAAUCGGAAAGUCCGGCGGCUCCUGGGCUACCUCUCCUGUCCCCGGACCAAGUCCUCAAAGCUCACCGUCUUGGGUCAGCAGACUCCUAGGCGUUCGAAGUGUGCCAGGUUUGGGAACACUGACAACGUCUAUAUCAGCUGCACCAAAUAUCGCUGUGGUACAAAGAAGCUGGGGCUUGUUUGAUGCUGGCAAGCUCUACGGUAGCAGGUUUCAGUACAACGAGUAUAUGAGGGUCCGUAACUCUGUCGUUGGCAUAGCUAUGCACUUUGCUCUUGCUUUCGCCGGGUUGGCGUUGAUCUUCUCCCCUGUUCGAUGGUUGGCGAAGAAAUUUAACUACGCGCCUGGUGAAGGUGCCGAUAAGGAAGUAACAAGACACGAAUAUCUCGAGUGUCAUGCCGUCGCUACUGCCGACGAAGAUGGGCUCAACCCAAGGCGUGCUUUCGCGAAGCUGAGAUGGGAUGGCAGCCUAUAUCAAUUGACAGGAGUAUUUCUCGCAGAAGCAGCGAUGGUGCUCCUCAAUGACGAGAAGCUGGUACAGCGCCUGGAUGGUGGUCUUCUUACCCCAGCAACCCUAGGCCAGCCAUUCAUUGAUCGGAUGAAGAAUGCUGGGCUUUUCUUUGAGGUUGAGAUGAUGCCUGACCAAUGA